AUGCCAGAAGACGUGACACGUCGUAACAAGCUUGUGCAGUCUUUUUCGGUGCCGAAGGACGUCAGCAGAGAACUCGCCCAAGACGCAGAGGAAGCAACAGAUGUGUUUGCAGAACGCAAAAGUGAUGGCAGCGUUAUAGGAAGCGUUGAUGAAAGGAGGGCAACCAAGAGGCAACGUCAGUUCGACGUAAUAAAGGAAAAGAUGGAUCGGUUAGAAGGUAACCAGGCAUCGGAUGCUCUUGGAGACGACAUAACGGGUGGGAUUAAUGAGAAAUCCCUUGAGAUACGUCAUCGGAGAGAUAGAACACCAACAAGAAGAGAAGGAAACGAAAAUAGAGAUAGGACACCGACCCGCAAUGAGAUACGAGAGAGUACACCUACCCGCAGUGAGGUACGAGACAGAACACCCUCCGUAGCAGAUAAAGAUUGCAUACGAAGAGGACGAAAGAGGAGGUUAUCGGAUGGUGAAAAUGAUGGCGGUCGUGCAGAUGAUGUUGAAGAUACAAAGGAGAGGAGUGGAAUGGUUCGCCAUGAGACUAAAGACAUCCCUAUUGUAAUGGGUAUACCCCUUACUAGAGAAAAUUUGGACAGACUACUGCCUCCAAGUUUCAAAAUAGUACCGUUUCCAGAUGAUUAUAAACCGUUGGAAAAUUUACCACCAGAUAUAUCUAAAUUUGAAUCAUUUGCUUCGACUUCUUCGAAAUUAUUGGCACUUUCAGAUAAUUCUUUAGUCGAACAGGAAAAAUUUGACCCCAAGCUGAUCUACAAUCUUCCUGAUAUGAAAGAUCUGCAGACUUUUACUGAGCUAGAUUUUAAGAUUUUUGGAAAAUUAACUACUCUUAAAGCUAAAAAUAUACCUGCGUUACCACCAGCAGAACAACUGGAAAUCAAAUGUAUGAAGCUUAUUCUAAAAAUUAAAAACGGUACCACGAAUGCAAGGAAAUUAGCCAUGAGAAGCCUUACUGAUUCCUCACCGACAUUUGGUCCCGAACUGAUAUUCAAUAUCGUCUUACCUUUAUUAAGUGAUCCACAGUUAGAUGAACAGGGAAGGCAUUUACUUAUUAAGAUUAUAACUCGAGUAAUGUUUAAAUUAGGUGACUCAAUCAGGCCGUUUACCGAGAAAAUCCUAAUUGUCACUAUGCCUUUACUCAAUGACGAUAACAGCAUGGUGAGAACCGAAGGAAGAGAUGUUAUUUCCAAAUUAACAAAAGUAGUUGGCUUGUAUACCAUGUUAACUGUGCUUCGCCCGGAUCUGAAUAAUGAAGAUGAUUACGUUAGGAAUAUGGUAGCCAAGGCUUUUGCUGUCAUUGCUAGCUCCUUAGGUAUCCAAACUCUAGUUCCUUUUCUAAAAGCCAUCUGUCAUUCUAAGAAAGAUUGGGUUAUUCGCCAAACAGGCUUAAAAAUUAUACAACAAAUCUCGGUUCUUAUGGGCUCCGCAGUUCUACCGUAUCUCAAUCAACUCGUUCGAUGUAUCAUCACGAACCUGGAAUACGAGGUUCCUAAUAUCAGAAUUGCAGCAGCCUCCGCUGUAAGUUCUUUAGCUGAUGCUUCAUUUCCAUACGGUUUUGAAUCGUUUGAAGUCUUACUAAAACCUCUAUGGAAAGGUCUGAAAAUUCACAAAGGAAAAGCGUUGGCACAAUUCAUAAGAGCACUGGGUAAUUUGGUUCCGCUAAUGAAUGCUGAAAACGCUAGUUACUAUUCAUUUGAGUUGCUCAAAAUCAUGAGAAGAGAAUGCGCCUCUGUUGAUGAUGACAUGAAAAGGGCUAUAUUGACUAUUUUUGAAAAAAUAUGUAAACCAGACUUAGUUGAAAAACGAUUGAUUGUGGAAAGUAAUAUCAUUGAGCCCUUCUUCAAAAACUUUUGGGCCAGGAGGAUUGCAAUGGAUAAAAAAUUCAAAAAUCUGUGUAUCAAUGCGUGUUACGCCUUAUCCUUAACAAUUGGCUCGGAAGAAGUGAUCCUUUCCAUACUACCUUCUUUAAAGGAUGAAUCAGAACCAUUCAGAAGAAUGGCUUUGGAAGUCUCUGAUAGAGUUUUAGAAUCUUUGGGUAGUUUCGAUUUGGAUGAUAAAACAAUUACAAGAUUACUAAACGGUUUGUUGUACUGUUUUCAACACCAGACUUUGGAUAACAAAGCACUCAAUUUGAUAGUCCUUAACGGAUUUGCCAACAUUUUGAAUAAUCUUGGUAUCAGAUCGAAGGAGCAUAUUAUGCCUAUUAUUAGUGUUCUUUUAUAUAGAUUGAAGAACAAAGAUGUUGGCAUCAGAGAGCAAGCGGCCGAUUUUAUAGCGAGAAUAUGUGGUGUUUUAAAGAUAUGCAAAGAAGAAGACUUGCUGAUCAGAUUAGGCACGAUUCUUUAUGAAUCACUAGGUGAGGUCUAUCCUGAUGUUUUAGGAUCAAUUUUGAAUGCUUUAAGGUGUGUUAUUUUGGCAGUUGAAAAAAUUGAACUUUUGAAUCCCCCUAUUUCACAAAUAUUGUCAACGUUAACGCCAAUCUUGAAAAAUAGACAUGAGAAGGUUCAGGAAAUGAACAUACCUUUGAUUGGAGAUAUAGCCAUUAGAGCUCAAGAGUAUAUUAGUCAUAAAGAAUGGAUGAGAAUUUCUUUUGAACUGCUAGAAAUGCUAAAGGCUUACAAGAAGAGUAUUAGAAAAAGUGCCAAUAAAACGUUUGGUUUAAUUGCUAAGGUUAUCGGGCCUGCAGAUUUAUUGGUUGUGCUUUUGAAUAAUUUGAAAAACCAAGAACGUCAAUUACGUGUUUGUACUGCAGUUGCCCUUGGUAUAGUUGCUGAUGUUUGUCUCCCAUACACUGUUCUUCCCGCAUUAAUGAACGAAUACAGGUAUCCUGAUAAGAAUGUGCAAAAUGGUGUUUUGAAGGCGUUGACGUUUAUGUUUGAAUAUAUUGGAGAGGUAGGAUCUGACUAUAUCUAUGCUUCGACCCCCUUACUAUUGGAUGCAUUGACCGAUAGAGAUUUAGUGCAUAGACAGAUUGCAUCCAGCGUAGUUACGAAUAUGGCCUUAGGAAGUUAUGGCCAAGGAUACGAAGAUGCCUUUAUCAAUUUAUUGAACUUGAUUUGGCCGAACAUAUUUGAAACUUCCCCCCAUGUUAUCACUCAGGUGAUGGAUUCUAUUGACAGUUUAGGUAUUGUUCUCGGGAGCGGAAUUUUACUAAAUUAUAUAUGGAUCGGCUUGUUCCAUCCUGCUCGUAAAGUUCGUGAGUGUUAUUGGAAGGUUUUCAAUAACCUUUACAUCACCCAAGGCCACACUAUGGUUCAGUACUAUCCAAGGUUUGAGGAAGUUGGUCCUGAACCGUCAUCAAUACAAGCAGAAGAAAGUACAAAAGAAUCAUAUACUUCUUUCCUGAUUGAGGAGCUUGAUUUGUGGAUUUAA